GUUCCAGAGGACAUCUGCACUGUGUAUCGAUGCACCUUACUAGAGAAUAAGACCAGCAAAGCAAGUCAGUUCUCUAUGGAGACAUCAAAUUCACAGGAGCCUAGCUGUGUAUCCAUGAAGAGUGACUGGUCUAUGGAUUUACCACAACAUUUUGCUGUAGGACACAUAUCAACUGAUCUAGGGCAGAGCUCAAACUCAGAGUUUACCUGUAUGUCCAUGAAGAAUGACAGGUCUACAGAAGAGCCGACAAGAUUUAAGGGAAAACACACAACUGAUUUGAGCCAUGAUUUUCAACUUGUCCAGAGCAGAUCCAAAUUGAAUCUGAUGAAGUUUCAGUGUCUUUAUGAAGGAACAGCGACGCAGGGAAACCCAGUACUGCUGAAUGAGAUCUACACAGAGCUCUACAUCACAGAGAGUGGGAUUGGAGAGAUCAGUAAUGAGCAUGAGGUGAGACAGAUUGAGACACAAUCCAGGAGAGCAGCAACAGAGGACACAGCAAUUAAAUGCAAUGACAUCUUUAGAGCUUUACCUGGACAAGAUAAACCCAUCAGAAUUGUGCUGACAAAGGGAGUCGCUGGCAUUGGAAAAACAGUCUCUGUGCAGAAGUUCAUCCUGGACUGGGCUGAAGGGAAAGAGAAUCAGGAUGUCCAGCUCAUAUUUCCACUUCCUUUCAGAGAGCUCAACUUGAUGAAAGACAAAACACUCAGUCUUUCAGAUCUUCUUCAUGUCUUUUUCCCUGAAACCAAAGAAACUGAAAUGUUUAGGGGUGAAUACAAAGUUUUGUUUAUCUUUGAUGGUCUGGAUGAGUGUCGUCUGUCUCUGGAUUUCCAGAGUGAUGUGAGGUUGUGUGAUGUAAGUGAAUCAGCCUCAGUGGACGUGCUGCUGAUGAACCUCAUUGAGGGGAAUCUGCUUCCCUCUGCUCUCAUCUGGAUCACCUCCAGACCAGCAGCAGCUGAUCUCGUCCCCUCUGAGUUUGUCCAUCGAGUGACAGAGGUGUGAGGCUUCAGUGAUCCACAGAAGGAGGAAUACUUCAGGAAGAGAAUCAGUGAUCAGAGUCUGGCCGAUAGGAUCAUCUCACACCUAAAGUCAUCAAGAUGCCUCCACAUCAUGUGCCACAUCCCAGUCUUCUGCUGGAUCUCAGCCGCUGUUAUGGAGAAAAUGUUGAGUGAAGCAGAGAGUGGAGAGAUUCCCAAGACUCUCACUCAAAUGUACACACACUUCCUGAUCCUUCAGACCAACAUCAAACAUCAGAAGGACUAUGAGAAGAACGUGACAGAUAAAGACAUGAUCCUCAAACUGGGGAAAGUGGCUUUUCAGCAGCUUGUGAAAGGCAAUGCGAUCUUCUAUGAGGAAGACCUGAAAGAGUGUGGCAUUGAUGUGACAGAAGCAUCAGUGUACUCAGGAUUGUGCACUCAGAUCUUCAGAGAGGAGUUUGGCUUGUAUCAGGGGAAAGUCUUCUGCUUUGUUCAUCUGAGCAUUCAGGAACAUCUAGCAGCUCUAUAUGUGCACCUCUCCUGUACAAACCACAACAGAAAUGUGUUUGAGCCAAUCACCAAACAGAGUUUGUUGUCUAAAUUUAAGGACCGGUUUCAACUCAGUUCAUCAGAACAUGUUUCAUUAUCUGAGCUGCAUCAGAAAGCUGUGGAUGAGGCUCUACAGAGUAAAAAUGGACAUCUGGAUCUUUUCCUGCGGUUCCUUCUGGGUUUGUCAGUGGAGUCUCAUCAGAUUCUCCUACAACAAAUAAUGACUCUGAAAAGAAGCAGCUCUGACAGCAAUGAGAAAACAGCUGAGUACAUCAAGAAGAAGAUCAGGACCAUUGACUCUCCAGAGAAAUCCAUUUGUCUGUUCCACUGUCUGAAUGAACUGGGUGAUGAUUCAUUGAUGCAGGAGAUCCAUAAUUAUCUGAAAACUGGAAAAAUAAGGGAAACCAAACUAUCCUCUUCACAAUGGUCAGCUUUGGUUUAUGUGUUGCUGACAUUAGAACUGAAAAUGGAUGUUUUUCAUCUAACGCAGUUUGUUGGAGAGCACAAUACAGCAGAUGCAGUUCUUAAGAUGCUGUUGCCUGUGGUUAAAGAAUCCAGAUUAGUUCAUUUGUAUGAUUGUGGACUUACAGAUGAAGGUUGUGCUGCCGUGUCUUCAGCUCUGAGAUCAAACCCUUCAAACUUGAGACAUCUGGAUCUCUCAUUAAAUACUCUAGAAGAUUCAGGAGUUAAUCUACUCUCUGCUGCACUGAAGGAUUCUAACAGUAAACUGGAGAUACUGAGGUUGAGCAAUUGUGGUGUCACAAAGGAAGGUUGUGCUGCUCUGGCUUCAGCUCUGAGAUCAAACCCCUCACACCUGAGAGAACUGGAUCUGUCUAGAAAUGAACUAGGGGUGUCAGGAGUGAAUCUGCUCUCUGCUGCACUGAAGGCUCCUCAUUGUAAACUGGAGAUACUGUGGUUGAAUGAUUGUGGAGUCACAUAUGAGGGUUGUGCUGCUCUGGCUUCAGCUCUGAGAUCAAACACCUCACACCUGAGGCAUCUGAAUCUGUCUGGAAAUAAACUAGGAGACUCGGGAGUGGGACUGCUUUCUGAUGGACUGAAGGAUCCUAACUGUAAACUGGAUAUAUUGUGGUUGAGUUAUUGUGGUGUGACAGAUGAAAGUUGUGCAAAUCUGGCUGUAGCUCUGAGAUCAAGCCACUCAAAUGUGAGAGAACUGGAUCUGUCUGAAAAUAAACUACGGGACAGAGGAGUGGAGCUUUUCUCUGCUGGUUUGGCAUAUCCUCAAUGUAAACUGGAGAUCCUGAGGAUGAGCGACUGUGGUGUUACGUUUGAAGGUUGUGCUUCUCUGGCUUCAGCUCUGAGAUCAAACCCAUCACACCUGAGAGAACUGAAUCUAUCAUGGAAUAAACUAAGAGAUGCGGAUGUGAAGCUGCUUUCUGACCUGAAGAAUUAUCCACAAAAUGAACUGAAGAUACUUUUGUUUUAGAUGUUUGUCUGAUCUUCUAUGGAUCAGCUGAUGGUGAAUAAAGAGCCACUACUGAUGCAUUACAUUCAACAGAAUCAGCAAACACAAACCCAUGGUGAUCAUGUGUAGCUUUCCAUAAUGAUCCAAUCCUUGAUUGAAAGUCGUAAAGGAAACUUCAGAAGUAGCCUAACUGUGAGCUCAGAUAAAGGCCACUCCAGUAUCAGAUGCUGAAAGAUCUGUUUAUAUGAACACUGAGCUUUGCAUUCUGAUUCACAGUUUUUAUUUGCAUGUUUUUAUCUCUUCCAAACAAAACUUCAGCGUAUCUGUUGUGCCCUAGUCACAGCUUUCCGGAAAUGGAGAAAGCCACCGUAAUAAUGUCAUGGAGCUAUCAUGAUUAUACUGGACAUUUUGGCUUGAUGGCAUUCCUAACAGGAAAGCUGACAAUUUUAUAUAUGUGUGCACAUGCCUACUCCAUCUAGAUGUAAAUUACAUCUUUAUCUCAAUUACAUUUAUGUUUGUUUUCUUUCAUUUUGUUGUAAGUAGCCAGAGC